CUUCCAAAACAACAUAUCAGCAUGCUUAUCUGGCUUCACACAAAGCACAUUUCCCUCAACCAACAUCUAUAUCAUAUCAGAAAGAGCCCUACACUGAAUUGCCUGCACUGUGAAAACAUGAAGGAAACUGUGCUUCAUUUCCUUCUUUCAUGCCCACACUAUGCUAGAGCACACCACAUCCUCACCAUGACCCUAUGA